CAUAUAUAUACACUUCUCUUUCUCUCUUACCAAUCUUUUUGUUUCCUUUAACUUUAUUUUCAAGCUUUCAAUUCCCUCUCUACUGUUAGUAGAUAUAUAGUUGUUUUUCUUUUCUUUAAUUUGUUACACAUCGUAAUCUUAGUUUUCUCCGGCAAAAUCUGAAUACUCCGGCUGAAGACAAUGAUCAUGCUCCUUUUUUUCCGGUAAGAAAAGUUUAGGUUGAUCAUAUUUGGUUCUGCAUUCUUACAAAAAAAAAAAAAAGAAAUGUUAGAUUGGUUCGUCGUAGCUCAUCCUCGAUCCAAAUCCUGGUUUCACAGGAGGAAAAAGCGUUAAUCCAUCGGAUAUAUUUCUUGUUGGAUAAUCCUUAUGUUUAUGUGAAAUUUAUACAUGUUACUUAUUUCUUUUGUAUUUUUCUCUUUAAUUAAUUGUAUAGUCCGUACAUCUAGGGUUUCUAGUUCGGUUGGUGAACUUUUUGUACAGUUUGGCUGUUUAUGAAGUGGUGGAUUAAGGUUGGUGAUAACUGAUAGGGAAAUUUAACUAGGAAUUUUAGGUUCCGGUUCUGGUUUUGGUUGGGAUCAAGUUAGUUGAAAGAGUAACUGGGUAUUUUAGCAAAAGUGGCGAAAAUGAAUUUGAGUGUGGCGGAGGAAGAGUCGGCGCAAGAGAUUCAUUUACCGGCAGAAAUAGAUUGGCAAAUGCUUGAUAAAUCGAAGUUUUUCUUCCUCGGCGCCGCCUUAUUUUCGGGUGUUUCGGCGAGUCUCUACCCUGCUGUGGUGUUGAAAACCAGGCAACAAGUAGCUCAGUCUCAGAUUUCUUGUAUGAAGACAGCGUUUUCAAUGGUUAGGCAUGAGGGUUUUAGAGCUCUUUAUAGAGGAUUUGGAACUUCUUUAACGGGUACAAUCCCUGCUCGGGCGCUUUACAUGACAGCACUUGAGGUCACCAAGAGUAAUGUGGGAACCGCCACUGUGAGGCUUGGACUUUCGGAGGCAACUGCGGCCACCCUUGCUAAUGCAGCUGCAGGGUUAAGUGCUGCCAUGGCUGCCCAGCUUGUGUGGACUCCAGUUGAUGUUGUGAGUCAGAGACUGAUGGUACAAGGUUGUAGGAAUUCGAAACUUCCUAAUGCUUCGGCGUGUAAAUAUCUUAACGGGGUCGAUGCAUUUAGGAAGAUUCUCAGAACUGAUGGUCCUAGAGGAUUGUAUAGGGGUUUUGGGAUAUCGAUUUUGACAUAUGCACCGUCUAAUGCAGUUUGGUGGGCUUCUUACUCGAUUGCUCAAAGGCUGGUUUGGGGUGGAGUUGGAUGUUACAAUACCAAGAAAGACGAUCAGAUUAACAAUAAAAAUGGGGUUAGCACAUUUACACCAAAUUCAAAAACAGUAAUGGCAGUUCAAGGAGUCAGUGCAGCCAUGGCUGGUGGGGUUUCAGCUUUGAUAACAAUGCCUCUUGAUACCAUUAAGACGAGGCUGCAGGUUUUGGAUGGGGAUGAAAAUGGUCGCCGUGGGCCGACAACUGUAGGACAAACAGUCAGGAAUUUGGUAAAAGAAGGUGGGUGGACGGCUUGUUACAGAGGUUUGGGGCCUCGGUGGGCUUCAAUGUCGAUGUCUGCAACAACAAUGAUCACCACUUACGAGUUUCUGAAACGGCUUUCCACUAAGACUCAAGAGGUUUUGACACUCUGAACAAAGUAAAUACUCACAAUCCGGUCAGUGAAAAGAAUUGAAAAACAGAGUUUUGUGUUUUCCUUUUCCUUGUCCCCUAAUAUGUAUUAUCUUUUGUAUUAAUCCUGUUGUGAGUUAUAUUCUCUGAAAUAUUUCUCCCUUUGGCUUUCUUUUGUUUUUGUCGACCGUCUCCACCGGUGAUCAAUGCAAACCAUUGUAGGUCUCCUUCACAUAUAUAAAGAGCGGUUUCUUAAAA